GUGGAGUUCAUACUGAAUGAUCACAGUGUUUCGGAAUUACAUAAAUAAUAGUGGUUUAUUGAUCAUUCUUUCUCUAGAAUUAAAGUGACUUUAUGUGUCGGUUCUGGUAGCAGAUAUUCACGAUCUUUGACUCCGAGGAACUGAUUCAACAUAAAGCUCUUCCCGUCCGGAACACAGACAGGAUUUCAUUUUACACCUGAAUCCUCAGAUCUGGGUCCUAAUAAUCAUCCAUACAGAACCAGAACCAGCAGCAAAAGCGGGUCAACGGCGAUCCAGAGCAGGAUUUGAACGAUGAUCCGCUGAUCUGGGUCUCAGCGCUCGUGCUUUUGUUGAGGCUGUCCCGGUUUCUAUUGGUAACGGGCACGCGCACAGAUUUCACCAUAAACACUCCGUUUCUCCUGCAGGGAAGCAGAUAUGACUUCAAAACAGAAGAAGGGUCUCAGAGGAUCUAUAGAUGACGUGUUAGGAGAUCUGCUGGGUGAUGAUGAUGAUGAAGGUCCGGUGAAGGUACGCUCGCCUGGAGCCGUGUCCAGCAGACCCGCGGCCGUCCUCAUGUCACGCAGUGGGAAGAGAUCACUGCUGGACGAUGAUUUCUUCAGUAAACUGGCAGAAGAGGCUGAGAGAGAUGAGGAGGGCUCUGAUGUUUCUGAGGCUGAUCCUGCCGCUCUGCUGGACAGCAUGAAGAACAUAGAUGACAUGGAUGCGGAUCUGUUCAGCUCAAAGAAGAAGCCGAGUUCAGCUCCAGUUCAGAGGAAAGAAGUUAAAGGAGGAGCGUCUAAAGCAGGAGACAAGAGCAAAACCACAGAAGUGAAAAAGCCCAGUUCUGCUCCAGCCUCCACAGCGAGAGCUUACAAGAAGUUCAGCUUUCUGGAUGAUGAAGGUGGGGGUGUUGAUCCACCUCCUCCUGAUGAAGAUAACGUUGAUGAUUCGUUAGAUGAUCUAUUGGGCGAUCUAGAACACAAGCAGAAGACAAUGAAGAAAACCGAACGGCCGCGCUCUUCCUCACCUGCCGUUCCUCAGAAAACAGAGACAGCGUCUCCAGCAGCUGCCGUGAGGAAGAGGGACGAUCUGACGUUUGAUGAUGAAGAUGAUCUGAUGGACGCUCUGGGCUUCGGAGAAACAAACAAAACACAUGGAAAUGGACUGACACUGAAAAAAGAGAGUGAUCCUCCUCUGAGAGCUCGCACCAAACUGGAUGAGAUCUUGGGCCGAGGGACGUCUCCUCGUCUGCUGGAGAGACCCGUGACGGGAGAGAAGAAAGAGACGCCACAGACGGAGAAACCGCUAGAGAAGAGCUCAGUCGGAAGAGCCUCUCUGAUGGAUGAGGAGGACUUCACGUUCGGCUCUUAUCAGCCCACGAUGGGUUCGACUCCAGAGGGCCGUCAGUCCCGGAGGCAAUCUGUCAGAUUCUCAACUGAAGACGUGAGCGUUCACUCGCCUGAACACAAACCCAAACCCUCCACACGCGCCACCCGGCCCAGAUCAGACUGGCUCGGCCUGAAGCAGGAGGAGGAGGAGGAAAAGAUGAAGGAGGAACCCAAACAACCUGCUCCAGAGAUCCUGAAGCCUCCAGCAUCUCCCUCCUUAACAGCCCGGAAAGAGACGCCCACAGAUCCGCCGGCCGCACCCUCAUCUCCUAAAACUGUCUCGAGACCGGUGAAGAGAGACGAGGACGAGGACUGGCUCACUGGAGCGCUCAGUCGCAGGAAAACACAGUUAGUGAGCCAAUCAGAGGAGAGAGAGAGGAAACAGGAAGUUUCAUCAGGUCCAGUAGAGGAAGUGGACGUGUUUCUCAGCUCUAAAUCAAAUGUCUCUUCAGCCCCACGAAAACGACCGGACGAGCCUCCUGUCCCAAACACAGAGCCCAGCAGAGAGUCCUCUGGCAUCUCCAUCCAACACAACACAAGCACAGAAACGCAACAUAAACCUGGACUCGAUCAGAUCCUCUCGUCACAGUCCAGAGAGUCACGGCCCGUUAACACAACCAGCAGCGCACAACACACCGCACAUGCUCAGGACCCCAGAACAGCCUCAGGACGGGACGGCCCGACAGAGAUGUCCCCCUCCAACCCCGUCCACGGGUGGCCUGUGCCCACUAUAGCGCCCCCUGCAGCGCGGUUGUUCCCACCAGCGGAGGGCGCUGUACCUGUGACACAAACACACACACCUCUGCCUGCAGACAGUCUACAGCAGCUGCUCAUACAGCAACAGUUGGCUCAGUCUCAUCUGUGGGGUUUGAGCAGCUCUCUGGACGUGAACGCACUCAGACACAGAACAGACACGGACCAUCAGCACGCAGACGUGACGUCACUGCAGAAGCGCAUUAUUCAGCUGGAGGCACAGGUGAGGAGUUUACAGCUGGAGAGAGAUCAGAAUCACAUGCUGUUAGAGAGCGUUCAGCAGAGACACAAACAGGACACUGAGCUCAUGGAGAACAUGCACAGAGCUCGUGUGAAGCUGCUGGAGGAAUCGGCCGCCCAGCGAGAGCUGCGGUCUCGGCAGGAGAACGAGGACCUGGCGGAGAGACUGGCUGCCGUCACACGUAUGGCGGAGCAGGAGCGGGCGGAGAUUCAGGCGCAGCACCAGCGCAGACUCGCACAGAGUCAACAGGACCGAGACAGAGAGGUGGAGAGACUCAGAGACCUGCAGAGGAAGUCCAUCCUGGAGAUGAAGAGAGAUCAUGAAGAGCAGAUCCAGCACCUGAAGAAGCUGAAGGACGAGGAGAUCGACGCCGUGACCAGCGCCACGUCACAGACCAGGUCUCUGACGGCCGUCAUCGAGCAGAUGGAGCUGUUCUCCCGCAGGCUGGGUGACCUGUCGUCUCGAGUGGAGAGCUCACAUGAGCACACGGCGCAGGGACUGGAGAUCGGAGCCAGACAGAGAGACCAGCAGCUCCGAGUGCUGCAGGAGCGUUUGAGUCAGCAGCAGCACGAGAUGAGUGACGAGAGGUCACGUCUCAAAGAGGUCAUCGCCAAGAUGGACACACAGCUGGCCGAGCAGCAGAGACAGCUGGAGAAGGAGCGCUGGCGUGUGACAUCAGAACAGGCCAAAGCUGAAUCAUCUCUACGAGGACUAGAGGAGGAGAGACGGACCAUGAUGCAACACUUCAGCAUGGAGAGAGAGGAGCUGGAAAAGGCAAAGAGCGCUCUGCUGGAGGAGCAGCAGUCCGUCAUGCAGCACUGCGCUGAAGAGCGGCGGAAGCUGGCGGCCGAGUGGAGCAGGUUUCACACGCAGGAGAAGCUGCGUCAGGAGCGGGCCGAGAGAGAAGCCAGCCGCGCCAUGGAGAGAGACGCCAACAGAGAGGGGUCCAUCCUCAGCAUGGCACAGGAGCAGGCCGAUCUGAAGCUGCGCUCCGGAGAGCUGAAACAGAAGGAGGAAUCGCUGCAGAGAGAGAGAGACAGCCUGGAGAAAGAGAGACAGGAGCUGGACAGAGAGAAAGAGAAGCUGAGCUCCACGGCACUGCGACUCAAAACACGCGCACAGGAAGUGGAGGCGUUCAGUAAGCUGGCGUCCGAGCGCUUCGAGGAGGGAGAGCGAGCGCUGAGGGAGGCCAGACAGGUGGAGGCCGAACAUCAGACCAGACUACGCAAUAUACAUACACAGAUAGAGCAACUGAGACAACAGGAGCACAACUUACAACAGGAGCGCUUGAGGAUGACGGAUCAUCACAGAGACAUGGAGCGACUGAGGCACACUCUUCCUGUCAAUCCAGUGACGUCAGCGCCUCUCAUCGCAGAUUUCUCUCCUGCGUUGGCCAGCACACACCUGAGCGCCGCUGUCAACCCGCUGCCUGCUGAACUACACGCCCGACUCGCCCUCAUCAAACACACUGCUGAGAAGGACAGAGACUUCCUGCAAGAGGAGCAGUACUUCCUGGACACCCUGAAGAAAACGUCGUACAACUCGGUCUUCAACACAUGACCAUAGACACUUCAGUUAUUCUCAUGCUCGGAUGUCACUCUCCAACACAAAGUUUCUGCAAAAAGUAGGGGGAGGGGGGGAAAGAGAAUUGUCACUUCAAUUCAUUAAUAUUUUUUUUUUUUUUUUUUUUUUUUUUUAAAUAAAAAGUCAAGCCUCAGGUUACCAUAACUCAACACAAGUUUUUCAGACAGGGAUAACUUCUCUCAUCACAGGCUUGAAUGUCUAAACGCUGAUCUUGGGUCAGAUUGUUCCUUCAUAAUCCCAAGAGCAUGUUAAUGAACCAUCAGAACUAUUCUGACCCAAGAAUAGCAUUAAAUUACCAAAAAAAAAAAAAAAAAAAA